UUGAAUUGAACAACGAAUAGUGAAUAGUGGAAAGAAAAUGAUAAAUUUUAACAAAACAUUGUGCCUUCUUUUUAUUUUAUAAUACUUGUACAAUGUAAAUUAUUUUAAGACUUACAAAAGUGCCUAUUCUAACUUCUUGCAAAAAUGAAGUUCUCAUCAAAGAAUCUAUUGGAAAAAAUAUUUGGUUUGGUUUUCCAUUUUUUUAUAUUAUCUUAUUAUACACAAUCGACACUGGCCAUAGAAGAUGGCAUCGAUACUCAACAAAUAGAGUCGUUUGACAGUUUUUCCUCGACUGAAGCACCUACAGAAACUUCGGUGGUUUUAACUACAGCAACACCAGCCCCAAGCAGCCCCUGUUUCCAUGCCGAUGCUGAAUAUUGCACAAAUCCUACAUUGUUUGAACAAAAUGAAAAGGAUGUACAGCCAUACUGCCGUUGUCGAAGUUAUCCAAACACUACAAAUACUUUUGUUUGCUGCAAUAUUACCGACAUUUUACAAGUAACUUCAUGUUAUAAGGGCAAUUGGACAAAUAUUCAUAUGAGAAAUGUAACAAUGAGAACCUUUAAUAUAUCAUUAUCUAUUUUGAAACCAGCAACUUCCUUGGCUAUAACAGACGGUAACAUAAAAUAUCUAAGUAGUGAAUUUUAUAGACACGCGAAGUUAAAAUGUCUAAAUGUUUCAAAUAACAACCUUACACAUAUUGACCAGAGAGCUCUCGUGAAUUUAAAUAAUUUCCAAAUGUUGGAUAUAUCAUUCAAUAACUUAUCAAAAAUUCCAAACUUAAGCCAACACAGGAAUUUAGUAGUGGAUAUAAAGGGUAAUAAACGUAUUCUGUGCCAUUCUUUACUGGAAUCAAUUGAUAGAGGAAGUAUCACGUUUGUCGAACCAGAAACAACUCAUUGCUUAUUGAAUACAACUUAUAAUUGGUUUAAUUCUACUGAAACUAUGCCAAUUGGUCAACUAGAAAGAGCUAAAAUUUUGAAUGAUGAAUGUCCUAAACCAGAAAACCGCAAAUGUAAAUGUGAUCCAGAACAAAUGUUUUUUGAGGGGGAAGGCAUCAACCCAGAACAACAUUUAGUUUUUAAUGCGAGAGUUGACUGUUCGAGUUUAGGUUUAACAAAACUUCCAGAAAAACUUCCUCCAAAUACUAUAUUUUUAAAUGUUUCGAAUAACAAUAUAACAAGUCUUGAAAACAAAUUUCAUUCACUGGAUUAUAAAAAUUUGUUAAGAUUUGAUGCUGACAACAAUCAAAUAUCUUCAAUGUAUGAAUUAGAAGGAACACCAUUUAUUGAAACAUUUCAAAAAUUUUUUUUAAGAUGGAAUAGCAUUGACAAUAUACCGGAUUAUCUCUUGUCGAAUGCAUUAGACCACAAUCCAAAAGGAAGAGUGUUAUAUUUGGGAGGAAAUAAAUUAAAAUGUGAUUGCAAUUCUGCAAAUAUUCUCAAACUUUGGCUUUUAGAGAGGCAUAAUAAUAUACCGGAUUACAAUCAUAUUCUUUGCAAUAAUAUGCCACAAAAAGUUAUUGAAUUGACUGAUAAAGAAUUGUGCCAAUCGUCGCACGAUUGGACCGACUAUAUUUACUAUCUUAUAGCAUCAGAAGUAAUACUCUUGCUUGCCCUAAUUUUCAAGGUGUCAUAUGAUUAUUGGAAAUUUAAAACAUCAGGAUAUUUGCCGUGGCCUGCUAGUAAAAUGCCGAAGUUGCCUUGUGACUGGCUUUGUGAAUCAUAGGAAAGGGAUGACAAAACUAUAAUUUGAAAUGAUCAGAUUUUAAAAAUUUUAAUUUAUGAUAUACACAUAUGUAGGUACAUAUAGACACAACAAUAUCAUACAUGGAUGUGAAUUAGUUUAUUUAUUUAAAUUAAAUAG